GGACGAAGAAUGCCGUCAACUUUUCGAUAUCUCUGUGCAUAAGCUCUCGACUGCCAGGAAGGAUGGGUCUAAUCGGCUCGUCAACUGCCGAGCCCCGGCCGUUACUAGGCCUCCACCUUGCAUGUAGAUAACGGCGCCUCCGUACCAGUUGCUGAGAUACACGUGUGGAUUGACGGCCCGCUCCGUCGGAUCCGCUCAACAUGCCAAGCCGGGGCGAUCUACCCGCCGUUACCUAGGUGCUUGGACAAUCGAGCAUAACGUUACGGUACUAGUACCCACACAACCCAGCAUGAUGCUGUUGCCUGUUGGAUUUCUGCCGGUAUACCGAACCUCACUCCUCUUUCACAGGAACGAGCAGUUCUAGACACCAGACAACUCGCAGACAAUGUCGUGUACUGCUAGUAGUACGAUGUCAUGUACGAAGACGGCUCAGUCUCAGGGGCACGAUCACGAUCAGAAGCCGACCCCAGAGUGCAGCUCCCAGGCCAACAACGGAAAAGGGUUUCCGCAGCCGGAGAUCAAAGAACCCCAAGAAUCAUCCGAUGAAAACACAAACACACCCGUCGACGAAUCCCAUACGACCACCAAUGACGCCGGAAAACGGGACAUCAUCAGCCGCCUAUGGAGCUGGAAGCCCAAACCAGCCCGCUACGACCCGGAGAACCCUCCGAAGUUCACAAUAUGGCUGAACAUUCUAUUCGGGUUUGCCGCCUGCUUCACCGUCUCCAACCUGUACUACAACCAAGCCAUCCUCAACCGCAUGGCCGCCACGUUCUCGGUGAGCUUUGAAGAGGCCUCGUCGGUCGCCACCCUCAUGCAGGCCGGCUACGCGGGCGGUCUGCUCCUGCUGUGCCCGCUGGGCGACGUCUUUCCACGGAGGCCAUUCAUCCUGAGCCUGGUUUUUCUCACCGCUGCGAUGUGGAUCACCCUCUGCGUAACAACCUCCUUCACCACCUUCCGCGCCGUCUCCUUCCUCUGCGGCUUGACAACCGUCACCCCGCAGCUGAUGCUGCCGCUGGUGGGGGACCUUGCCCCAGCCGAACGGCGCGCCAGCUCCCUGGCCAUCGUCGUGUCGGGGUUAUCGCUGGGCGUGCUGGUGGCGCGCAUCCUGGGCGGCGUGCUCGCGGACGGCACGGGGGGCGACUGGAGGGGUGUGUACUGGUUCGGGCUGGGCGUGCAGGCGCUUGUUUGGGCGCUGCUGUACGCCUGGAUGCCGGACUACCCGAGUAAGAACCCUUCUUCUUCUGGGUUCUCCUCUGGCAGGGUGGGCGAUGGGGACGCCGGGUCGGGGGGGUUGAAAUCGAAUUGGUCCUUGACGGACAUGGGCGUGGGGUACCUGGGCAUGCUGCUCGACAUUUUCCGGCUGUUGGUCACGGAGCCGCUGCUCGCGCAGGCGUCGAUGGUGGGGUUUCUCAUCAGCGCCGUCUUCACGUCCUUCUGGACGACGCUGAGCUUCCUGCUCUCGUCGGAGCCCUUUCGGUAUUCGACAACUGCGGUGGGGCUGUUUGGGCUCAUUGGCGUCGUGGUAAUCUUGACGGCGCCCGUGUACAGCAGGUUGGUCAUGGACAAGGUGGUGCCGCUGUUCUCGGCCCUCGUCGGCCUGCUGGUCGAGCUGGCUGGCACGGUCGUUGGCACAUUUACUGGCUCGUUCCAUGUCGCCGGCCCUGUGGUACAGGCCAUUCUGGUUGAUAUCGGAGGGCAGUUCACCCAGAUUGCGAAUCGCGCGGCCAUCUAUGGGAUCCAGCCCGCUGCGAGGAACAGGGUUAACACGGCGUACAUGGUAGCUGCGUUUUCUGGGCAGCUGACUGGGACGGCCGUGGGGAAUCGGCUGUAUGCCCAUGGCGGGUGGGUGUAUAGCGGAGGGUGCAGUAUUGCCUUCAUUGGUCUUGCCUUGAUUGUGUGCCUUGCACGAGGUCCAAGGGAGACGGGAUGGAUUGGAUGGUCUGGAGGGUGGGCGAUCAGAAGGGAUGUUCUGGCCAUUGGUAGGAAGGAAUCUGAUGCCGAAGGGCGGCCCGAAGGACCAGUUGAGGAACUAGAAAAGGCGCUGGUGGAAACAUCCGGGGCUGUUAAUGGAGGUUCUCAUAAGGGAACAUCGAACGAUGUAAGGAAGGCAAAAUUGUCGGACUAGUGGUCAUAAGGUUAGUCCUUAUAUGUAUACUGUCAACUGUCUAAUCAAACUGGCCUCGA